AUGAACACACAUAUAAAAGUCAAACCGAUAAGAAAUUUUGUCAAAGAAUAUGAUGAUCCAAGACAAAUGCAUCAUGCUUUACAAGAACAAAAAAACGCCUUUUCUAGACUGGAUUUAAUAAAAAAAAAAAGAGAGCAAUUGGAUAUCGAUAUAGAAAAACUUAAUAUUGAAAUGAGUGAAUUUAAAAAAUACGUACACGUCAAAUCACUUAAAGCGGAAGAUUACAUAGACACGAUUGACGAAUGUGAAAAUAUUAUUAGAAAUGAAAAAAUGAAACAAGAAGAUUAUCAAAAAAAAAUUAAGUCUAUAAGUAUUAACAUAAAAAAAUUAGAAAGAACGGUUCAAGAUGCAAGGUCACGCAUUAUAAGUUAUAAACCUUAUGAGAAAUUUAUUUCAAAAGUGAUUGCGAAAAACCCUCGAUAUGAAAAUGUGUAUGACAUCAUUAAACAUGUCGAAGAAAUGGCUUGUAUAAGAAACAUAGGUUCAGCAUUAAAAGUAUCUGAUUUUAAUGAAAAAGAAAAAACAAAUAACGAUAGUUUAGAAAAAAUUCAACAUAAGAAAAUAAAAAAUAAAAAAAUAACUUUAAAUGUACACUUUAACGAACCUCGGACUUAUCUAGAUGAACUUAAGAAAGCUGAUUUACAGUAUAUUAAGAAGAAGGCAAACAUUAAAUCUGAAUAUACCACUAAAAUACAUUUAAAUCCUGUCAAUCAAAUUUACCUUAAUUCGAAUCUGGAUAUAAUGAAAGAAAAACAUAGAUUUUCACAGUUGAAAGACUUCCAAAACGAAAUACAAGAAAGAGAAAAAGAAAAUAACUUUGUUUUCAGUUCAAUUUUACAUCAGUAUAGGGAAUUAUUUUUGAAAAAUAAUGGAAAAUUACCAACAGAAUUUCCAACAGCAGAAGAACAGUUAACAUACAUUUUUAAUUUCUACAAAACACUAGUAAAACGAUUUGAAAUUUAUGAAAACCUAAUAUCAGGAAAAAAAUCAGUAAAAGAUUAUAUUUCGGAAACAAAAAACCAAAACUCUAGAACAUUUCCUAGUAAUCACAGUAUUAAGUCUGAUUGA